GUGUGCUAUUGUAAACUCCUUCACCAUCUGACCAAGACGUUUCCUAAUGACCAGCUACAUCAAUCUGGCUUUAUCCCAUUCUCAUUCCAUAAGCAAUGGUAGGGCUGCAACAUCAUGAAAUUAAUUCCUAGAAGUCACAAAACAAGAUUUUGACAAGAGGGGAUGUCCUUCAUUUAGAGUUUCCUUCUGGAUAAGAUACUGGGGACUUGUUGCAGGGAAUUCUUGAGAGAAAACAAAAGGAGGAUGAGGGAUUGUGAUGGGUCCCCCCCCACCAAAGAAAAAUAUCAAUAGCCCUGUUGACAGUGUAAAACAGUGUUUCUAUCUGGGGUCAGGGCCAGAGCAAGGGAUACCGUAUCCCACUCAUCCUCUUCCUCUGAUAAAGCCCCAGCCAGUACUGCAAAGUCUUUUUUCAGAAGAGCCUAGCGGCCUUUUUUUAAAAAGUGCUUGAAAAAGAAAGGGACAAAGGACAACUGGAAUUAAGAGGAUUUCCAAUCUGUUCUGGUGGCUGGUCCAGAAGGAUGCUUCAGUCCCUGCUUCUCACCUGCCUCUUCAUCACAAUGAUACCUGCAUCACCAGUGGCCCUAGAUCCUUGCUCUGCUUACAUCAGUUUGAAUGAGCCGUGGAGGAACACUGACCAUCAGUUCGAUGAGUCUCAAGGAUCCCCUCUUUGUGACAACCACGUGGAUGGGGAGUGGUACCGCUUCACGGGCAUGGCAGGGGAUGCCAUGCCCACCUUUUGCAUACCAGAAAACCACUGUGGAACCCAUGCCCCCAUCUGGCUCAAUGGCAGCCACCCUCUAGAAGGUGAUGGCAUCGUGCAACGCCAGGCCUGUGCCAGCUUCAACGGGAACUGCUGUCUCUGGAACACCACGGUGGAGGUCAAGGCUUGCCUGGGAGGCUACUAUGUGUACCGUCUGACCAAGCCCAGUGUCUGCUUUCAUGUCUACUGUGGUCAUUUUUAUGACAUCUGCGACGAGGACUGCCAUGGCACCUGCAUGGACGCCAGUGAGUGCACAUGCUCUCCAGGGACAGUGCUAGGCCCCGACAGGCAGACAUGCUUCGAUGAAAAUGAAUGUGAGCAAAACAAUGGUGGCUGCAGUGAGAUCUGUGUAAACUUGAAAAAUUCGUAUCGCUGCGAGUGUGCGGUUGGCCGUGUGCUAAGAAGUGAUGGCAAGACAUGUGAAGACGUUGAAGGAUGUCACAGUAACAACGGUGGUUGCAGUCACCUUUGCCUCGUGUCCGGGAAGGGCUACCAGUGUGAAUGUCCCCGGGGCUUGGUGCUCUCUGAGGAUAACCAUACAUGCCAAGUCCCCGUGUUGUGCAAGUCGAAUACCAUUGAAGUGAGCAUCCCCAGGGACCUGGUUGGCGGUCUGGAGCUCUUCCUGACCAACACCUCCUGCAGAGGAGUGUCCAAUGGCACCCACGUCAACAUCCUCUUCUCCCUCAAGACGUGUGGCACGGUGGUUGAUGUGGUAAAUGACAAGAUUGUGGCAAGCAACCUUGUGACAGGCCUACCCAAGCAGACCCCAGGAAGCAGCGGGGACAUCAUCAUCCGAACCAGUAAAGUGCUGAUCCCAGUGACCUGCGAGUUUCCACGCCUGUACACCAUUUCAGAAGGGUACGUUCCCCACCUUCGAAAUACCCCCCUGGAAAUCAUGAGCCGCAGCCAUGGAAUCUUCCCAUUCACUCUGGAGAUCUUCAAGGACAAUGAGUUUGAAGAGCCCUACCGGGAAGCUUUGCCCACCCUCAAGCUUCGAGACUCCCUCUACUUUGGCAUUGAGCCUGUGGUGCACGUGAAUGGCUUAGAAAGCCUGGUAGAGAGCUGCUUUGCCACCCCAACCUCCAAGAUCGACGAGAUCCUGAAGUACUACCUCAUCCAGGAUGGUUGUGUUUCAGAUGACUCCGUGAAGCAGUACACGGCCCGGGACCACCUAGCAAAGCACUUCCAGGUCCCAGUCUUCAAGUUUGUGGGCAAAGACCACAAGGAAGUGUUUCUGCACUGCCAGGUUCUUGUCUGUGGACGGCUGGAUGAGCAUUCCCGCUGUGCCCAGGGCUGCCACCGGCGAGUACGUCGUGAGGCAGUGGAAGGAGAGGAUACAGCUGGUCCCCAGAGCCAGAUGCUGACAGGUGGCCCGAUCAGGAUCGACUGGGAGGACUAGGACCGCCCCACACCUGACUCCUGGCUCUGGGUUGCCCUCCUCUUUAGAACUUCUCCCCACUGAGAACAUCAGUCAAUACCCUAGAACACGGCAUUCUUUAAACCUCAUACUGUGGGCUUAGACAGACUUCCAGAACGGACUUAUUCUGAUUCGGGCCCCUGGACUGGGAAAAGUCACUUCACUGCUGACUGACCUGACCCACAUGGGGCUUCAUCCUCCUGACGUUGAAAGCUGCACUGUCCAUUCCGAAAGCAGCUCAUUCCAUUUCCCACGUUUCCUCCCUACAAUAAAACACCCAGUGUAGGAUACAAUAGAACCACUACAACCAAAAGUUGGGCAUGAUACUACAAACUACAAACUUAAAAUAAAUUAAAUAGUUGCUUGAAAUUAUGACUUAAAUACCCAAUAACUCCUUAAGUAUGUAAAUAAUAAUUAUACCCUGAAAUUUCGAUUCAAGCACAGAAUAUUUACAGGGGAUUAGGAAGUUUAUCGAUGGAAGUGUGUACUAAAAGUUACUAUUUGAUUUUCCUCUUGCAUGAUGUUUUCUUUUUUGAAGUUUUUAUACCAUCUUAAGUGAAAUGUUUUCAAUUAAAUUUAUUAACAUGGGGGGCACCUGGGUGGCGCAGUGUGUUAAGCAUCCGACUC